UCUCCAUCCGACUAUCCUCCUCUUGCUUUCUUCCUUCUCUCAUCACAUCCACAACUUCAUUUCAUCUUCCAUAUAGGACUGGACGCAGCUCGAUUUCGUGCACGCAGUUGCUCAUCCAUCCUCCUCUUUCUCCUCUUCUCUUCACACCCCAAUCUCACUCUCGACCCUUCGACUCAUCCCCCCAAUCGCCACCUAGAACCUCGACCCCCCCAAUCAACCACUUGUUGAGACAAACCACCAACGAGGAAUCAACAACACCAACAACAAACAUCAUCCUCGACAUUCUUUGUGUCACCAACAAUCGAAACUCUUUCAAUCACUGCUCGAAAAUUCAAAGCCGCAACUGUUCAGCAUAAAUCCCGGUUUUGCUUCGUCUUGCUCCGAGGCUCCACGCGUACUCCACCAUCAAGGUUGUCGAACAAGUUCGUGAACACGGCGGCCGAAGAGUCACAUCUUCGACUACCUGUUCUAACAAUCAACUUCGUCAGCUGAUGACUGCCGCUCUGCUAUCAGCCUCCUUAUAAAAGCCUGCUGGCUCAUUCUCCCAACGAUCUCGUCGACUGCACCAUCGAUCGAGUCAUACCUCCCCAACUCGUCAGCUCAGUGCUACCUUCCCUCAUCCUCACCAUCUACCGGCCACCUAUUCACGGGUGCCUUCGAUUCUUCCAGGACAACCAACGUCUCCGUUGAUUGACCUACUCCAGUUCGCCACUACUUCCUUUGUUGGAUUCGACAUCCUCCAGCAAGCCAAACACAACUCUUUUUUCGAGACUUCCAUCACUCGUCGAACCUCGUUCGCACUUUAUCCGAUUUCUCAUGUCAUUAUAACGAUAUAUAUUAUUUUUUUCCUUUCCGGACACUCGUCCACCUGUCGACCUUCCCCGUUUACGAUCAAUCGAUCACUUCUCUUUUGUUACCAGCAAUUCGAUACCACCCAAUGAGCCACUGACACUAUACGAUACGGAGUUUCAACUUUUUUUCCUCUCUUCAAUACUAUACGGAGCAUUAUUAUCUCAAGCAACACUAUCAAUCACUCUCAGCACCAUCCUUUGCAUCACCACGUCUUGUCCACCAUACAUUCAGCAUAAGACUGCCAUCCACCACCUUGUUUCAACAGACAAAAGCAUUCGACUUCAUAUUGCCGUCCUUAGGCUAAUACGUUAAGAAUCGUUUGGUGUAUACUACAAUCUAUCACCCUCUCUCAAUUAAUCGACACCAUCCUCAACCCCUUUUUCUCAUACCUCGACGGCUACCACCUUCAAAAUGGACUGCUUAAGAGAUAACUUCUACGAUGGCUUGGUUCUCGACGGCCGGUUCCAGACCGUCUCGCCUUUGAACCAUGGCUCCUUUGGCAUGGUUUUCCUGGCGAACGACCUGCUCACCGGCGAGAACGUUGCCAUCAAGUGCCUCACCAAGAAGUCUGCCGCCCAAGACGUUCAGUCCAGCUUUGCCAUCGAUGAGAAGUCUGAGGAACUCGCUUGCCACAACAUUCUCGGCGAUCACAAGAACACUGUCAAUCUCAUUCACUCUUUCGAGACGGACAACCACGUCUACCUCGUCCUAGAGUUCUGCUCCAAUGGCGAUUUGUACGAAGCUAUUCGCACUGGUUGCGGCCCACUAGAAACUGAGCACGUUCGGGAUUUCAUGAUCCAGUUAAUCGAUGCGGUCGAAUACAUCCACUCCAAGGGGAUGUACCACCGUGACAUCAAACCCGAGAACAUCUUUCUCAUGAAGGAUGGCAGCAUGAAGCUUGGCGACUUUGGGCUGGCAACCAAGGACACCUGGUCAUACGAGACUACUGUUGGUAGUGACCGCUACAUGGCCCCAGAACAAUAUGACUCAGCUGGCGCUGGAUAUUCGCCAGCUCAGGCUGAUAUUUGGGCCAUCGGCAUCAUUUUGCUUAACAUUUUGUUUUCUCGCAACCCCUUUACGACACCAACUGAAGCCGACCCACUUUUCCUCGACUUCUCCCGGGAUAACCAGGCGCUCUUCGAUGUCUUCGCAGACAUGUCCCAGGACACCUUCGAGGUCAUUCUUAACUGCAUGAGCUUGGACCCCAAGAAGCGUUCCCUCCAAGGCGCUCGUGAUGCCAUCGACCGUGUCGUCAGCUUCACCGUCUCGGACGAGCUCGAGGAUGACUACCACACCAUCUCUCGCAAGCCCAUUGCCAGUGCCAACCGCGAGCCUCUCCGCACACCAACCAUCAAGACGCCCCAGAUCGAACUCUCCAGCGCCUUCCCGUGGGCCAAGGCCUUGCACGCCAGCCCACCUCAGCCAAUCCGCCAAUUGUCCAUCAUCCCGGACACCGAGAGCUACACCGAGGACUUGUUCCCCAAGUCCGAGGAGAGCGCCAAGGAUUGGUUUUCAAUUGGUGCUCAGACAUCUUCGAUGGCAUCUGCUAUGAACUCGUCUGUUGGCGGCUCUGUCUUCUCGUUGGCUAACAGCCGUCCCAUGAUGAAGAGGUUCCCUUACUUGGCACCCAUCUCCGGCUCUCUGCCAAUCAACGUUACGAAGCAGAAGGCUAUGUCUUCUGUCUUUGGCAAGAAGGAGAUGGUUUCCAAGAGCUGGAGCGACAUGUACGAUGAGGAGUUUGAAGAGGAAGAGCAGGAUCAUCAAUUCAGCAGACAGGCCCAGAACGCUCGCACCUUCAGCCACGACGAGAUCAAGCUCGAAGAGGAUGAGACUGCUGCUCAGUUCAGCGAUGACGAGGAGGAGCUUGUGCUUUCAACCAAGAGCUCUUCAGAUAUAAAUAUCAAACCAACUGUCAACGAAGUCGAGUCCGACCAGGAGAACAUCAGCGAUAUCGAUGGCGACAACGUCAACGAUGGAUUCUUCUUCCAGAAUUCAUCCCCCGCCAAAAAUUCAGCGGAGCUGUACUCUCCACCAUGCAAGCGCAAGUCGAACCCCAUGGACAAAUGGGCCGCACUUGGUGCUCGUCGCCGAGCAUACACUGGACACAGCGCGGAUAAGAGCCCGGAGAUUUGGCGCGGCAAGCGAUCUGUAGGAAUGGCAUCAUCAGCAACAACUGCGAGCUCCGGAUUUGGGGCUCUUGGCGUUUUGGAUUACAAGCCGGCGGCGACCGGCAAUGCGCACAAGGCAAAGGAUGCAUCCUGGCUACGCAAGGAUACUCAUCACCACACACCAAUCUUUUCGCGAACGACGGCAGUAUAUCAUAACCGCACACCUGCUAGGGAGCAGGAGAAUGUAGAUUAUACUGCCAAGGAGGUUUAUCGCAAGGAUAACCUCGGAGACCUUGAGUGGGUUGGGGGCUGGGGCGACAGUGUCGCCGGCCUCCAAUUGUAGUUUGGCUCUCUCUACCUUCCGAACGACGACCCUUUUUUUAAUAUUAUUCAUUCUUAUACGUUUCAAACAUACAUACAACAACACACACACACAACCUUAAACCCCCCAACGACGGACGUCAACAAAUAUUUCAAAACCCCAAAAAAAUCUCACUUAUCUCCGCUCUUUGAAAACGCCACCAAACAACCCCAAAAAUCGAAACACCCAAAAACCACACUCCAAAAAAAACACUGUUUUCAGAGACCUGGUCUUUCUUGAGAUUUUUUAGUUUUAACACCACUUUUAUUGACGACACGUUUGCGCGCGGGGGAUUAGGGGGAGGACACACAAAUAUGGAUGGAUGGAAAGUGUAAAUAGGAAUGGGAAGAUUGAAUAAAGGGGGCAAUAGGCAAAUUUGGGAAGGGAAAGGAAUGGCGCCGUCGAUGGACUUGAUGUCUGGGCCAUUUGGGACUUAGCUUAAACUCGCGAUUCUGUGUAUAGAUUCCCUCUUGCGUUGAGGCUGUCGUAGAGAGCCUUGGGGUGGGGGGAGACGUGGAAAUACCAGAAAUUACCCGCUU